CGGAAUUUAUCAUAUAAUAGAGUUAUCACCCUUGUUGUUGAGAAAACGCCAGAAUGCAAAAAUAUUUGUUAAAUUUUAUCUUGCAGGUUAUAGUUACUAUGACAAAGCAUACGUAAAAUGGAUGCUCUUCGAUCAGAAGCAUUUUCUUUGUUGAAGCCUUUCUGUGUGACAUUAACAAAAGAACAUUCCAGAGAAAACAUUGCCAAACUGUUUACAGCAUUGCAGUCAGUGGACAUCCUAUUUCUUCAAGAUUUACAGGAAUAUGUUAUAUUUCCUCUAAGGGUUAUUCUUAAACAUCCCAAGAAAUGUAGCCAGGACCUGUAUCUAGAUCUAUACAUGUGUAUGGAGUAUGUUCUAGGACAUACGAAGGUGACAAGAUGGGAUCUUUUCCAGGAUAUAUUUCACAAUGCUACGACCAUGCUCUCCUGUCCCACAGAUCAAAGUAAAGUUGCCACGUUAAGUGAAGAAUUAAAGAUUGCUAUUAUACAGACAUUGAGAACCUUGGUGAAGAACUCAGAAUACAGCUCAAUGAAAGAUAGUGUGCCUCAAUUUCUGGAGAUACUAGUAAGCCUGAUAGGAGAUGACAUGGCGAAGGUUGCGAGCGGGAGCCGGCAUGCCCUGGAGCUGUUCAGUCAGAGUCAGGCUGUGGACCAGCAGCAUCAUCUCACAGAGAUACUGGAGGAGAACUUACACACCCGGCCCCUAUUGCCAAGAGAUCGACUGCAGAGUAUCGAUUUAAAAUAUCGUAAUAAUCAACUUCCGGUAUGGAGAAGUGGUGGAAUAACCCAUGAAGCGUUUAGUAUCGUACGUCCACGAAAAUACUUCAAACAUUUCAACAAUGAUCGCAUCUUCCAGAAGGUACAGGGUGUGUGUCAUCUCUUGGGUUACUAUGGUGACAUACACCUGUUGAUAGACCACUUUCUUGAUAUAUUUCAUGAGAGCAGUAUGUUUAAGUUGCAGGCCACACUAGUCAUCAAUGAAAUUAUGUUGGGAACAACUGGAGAAUUAGUAUGUACAAGUAACACAAAGAAUGGGAAAAGUUGGAACAAACACAGCAGAGAUGAAAUUGACAGUGUUAUAAGAAUGUUGGUAGAUGAGUAUUUGAACCCUAUCAACUUUGACCUUGUGACCUCAGUUACUGGACCACAUCAGAAAGUUCAGUCACUGGAACAGCAGCUGAGAGGGUUGGCUGUUACAAACAACUCCCACGGUGUAGAUGCUACAGCAGCUAAGAUGAACCGUAACAUUGUACAGAUUGCACUAUACCUUGAAGGAUUUGGAAAUUUCUCCAAGGUGUUGAAGAGUAACUUUGAGAGGUUUCUGAUACAUGUAUUAUACCCGAUGUUGGAGAAACUUGGUGACCAAACUGCUUAUAUCAGUAAUGCUGCCUUUAUAGCACUCUGGGACGUCUGUACUGCCUGUAGAUACAAAUCACUAGAUGAGUUGAUACGUAAUAAUUCCGACUACCUGAUGAAUGCUAUCUCACUGAGACUUCGUCAUCUCGACAGGAACAGGAAGUGCCCCCUGGUGCUCAAAGUCAUGUUACAGUAUAGUAGUGCAGAGUUACUGCCCCUGAUUGAUGAUACUGUUUAUGAGAUUUUGGAAUCUUUAGAUGACAACUAUGCAGAGGAGUCAGUUCUGUUUAUGGGUGUCCUUAAUGAACUCUCUAAAGCUGUGGUUAGAUGGUUCCCGGAGCAGUGUGCUUGUACCAAUAACCAAGUUUGUAAAUGUGGGAACCAAUCACACAGCAAGUGCCAUAGUCAGUUAAACAGCAAAAGUCCAAAGAAUAAUUCUUCAAAUGCUACAGGAGAAGAACAGAUAGGCUCGGAAAAUGUAAAAGGAAUUGCAAAACAUCAGUGCCAUAAUAAAGAAAUAGUUACUAAAAGUUCAGAAACUGGUCAGAAAAAUAUUUCAGAAGAUGUUAAAAAUAGUAGUGCAGUGGGUUACUGUAACUGUUCUUCUAGUCACACAACAGACGGUGGUAGUGAAAAAAGGAGAUGUACUUGUGAAUUCAGUGUUACACAGGAUAAUUCAUGUAUGAGUAUUAGAGACGAAGCUGCCUCGGCAGCUCCAAAAGUUCCUGACAGAAUAGGGAGGGGAACAGAAGAGCUGAAGAGUUACUUUUCUAACCUCCUGAAACUGGAGAGUGAAGCUAGAGGGGAGUUCACUGAGGAUGAAUUGCAGAAUUUCAGCCCUGAUCCUUCAAACACAAAGGAUGAUAUUUCUAUGGAAACUGAUGAAGAAAAGAAGCCGCCACUGCCACACCAUGUUACAGCAGUGAAAGAAGUGAUGCUGAGAUGUAAACAUAUUAUAUCAUCGAGAAAUCCACGCCUACGACUUCUAGUCCUUGACACCAUCAGUCAUACCUGUACCGCACUUAAACCAUAUCAAGAUGAGUUGUUGCCCCUGAUUCAUCAGAUCUGGCCUUCAUUUAGUCUGUGCUUUGCAGAUGAAGAGAAAUUGGUUAUAGUAAAGGCAUUAGAUGUUCUCCAGGUGAUUGCCAGAUCAGCUGGAGAUUUUGUUAAACACAGAAUCACCAAAGAUAUUCUUCCAAAACUGUCCACAUUCCUGAACAAUCAGGCUCAAAUCAGUGUACAUGCUGGCUCCGCCUACCAGUUCACUGUAAACUACAAACUACAGCUUGCCAUACUUAAACAUAUCAGCCCUAUAGCAAAACUCACAAGUAUAGAAGGGAGUGACCUUGACAUCAUUACUACCAGCUGUAUGCCAUACCUUCAUGUAAAACAGCCUGCGACUCUACAGAAUGCAUGUAUUGAAUGUUGCAAAGAACUUAUACAAAUAGAUGCUGACCUGAUGUGGUUGAAACUGUGUAGUGUAUACUGCCCUAAAUCAUAUAUACCACCUGGGGAACAGUACAGUGAAAUUAAGAGUUUGAAACAAUCCAGUUCCAGCAAUGCCUACACAGGCAAUGUGACCAAACUGAUGACAGAAUGUGGACUGUUGUGACCUGCCAAACAAGAGAAAUGAAAAUCUACUUCAAGAGAGACAUAUAUAUUAUACAUAGUUUAUUUUCUAGAUACAUAUUACGUGUCUUGAAUUAUUGUGGUAUAUUAUUGCCACUUUGUGAUUGCAUCUGCUUCUUAAAGGGACAUGCCUCAAGAAAUUCCUCACAAUAAUAAUUGUUUCUAAAAAAAACGAAUGGUGAAUUAAUUAUGACUGUUAUUGCUACUGAAAUACCAGUUAAAAAGUAUAAUGAAGAUAACAGCUAAAUAAUUUACCUUAAAGAUGUUCAUUGCCUAUCUUUCACACAAAAAAAAUUUAUUUAGAUAUUUACUUCAAAUGUAGAAAAUACUCAUGAACUUGUUAGUUGUACAUUUUUGUAAAUUAUACAGAGUAAUUUUGUCAUAAAAUUUGGGUCUGGUAAACAUUUAAUUUUUUGUUGCAGGAGUAACAAAGGAGAUAUCUUAUUUACAUACUUGUGUUUUACAGAAAUCAUGAGUGUUUUUAUUAAUAGAUUGUCAUGGAUUCACUGAA